GAAGCGAGAGACUUCGAGUUGCGGCAGGCCAGCGUGGCGACGAGCCUUCCGGCAAAUCUCACGGGCCUUGCGAACUCCCUGACGUCGGUGGCGGCUGGUGCAGAUCUUCCUCAGGCGCCGCCGCUGCCAGCCGAUGUUGCAUCAGGGAUGAACUCGCAGCAGGCCUCGAUGAUGGCCAACAUGAUGCAGCAGGACAUCUUCCCUCAGGCACGGCGGCAGCAGCUGAGUUCCAUUCGCUAUGGCAGCAAGAACCUGAACAGGCCCACGCUGCAGGAGGGGCAUCCUCUCUGCUCGAUCAGUGAGUCGAGCAUGAUGGCUGCAUUGACAGCCGACAGGCACAAAAUCGAGAAUUGCAUCUCGAUGAUGGAGAAUGCAGCGCCCUCACAGCCUCCUGAAGAUGGACAUGCAGGGCUGAGGAUGGAUGCCUCUACGGGUGUCGGGCUCAUGCCUCUGAUGCCAGACCAGGCAUGUGCGCAGCAGCCGAUGAUGGGCAUGGCCACUGGCAUGGCUUGCAACUCUCUGGCCGCAAAUUACCCAGGUGGCUAUGAGACUGCCAUGAGUCUGAUGCAUGGCCCACAGGAGUCCGUCGGCGAGCGGUCUUUGCAGAUGGUGCCUGUGCAAGAUCACACUUUCGCGUCUCGACACCGACGAAAUAAUGCGGACAACUCUCGCACCCUGUUCGUGAAGAACUCGUUCCUGCAUGUGGAGGACAGCGAUGACGAGGAUGACGACGUUAACUGCGAUGGUACCUCUUCGCACCGCUCGAGCUCGAUGCCCAGUAGCAUGGGCCGCGACUAUGAGGAUCGGCCCUGGCGCCAGUUGCCGUCUUCAGACAUGCUCGAGCUGCUCUACUCCCUCCGGAAUAAGCGAGCGGAAGACGACGGUACUCCGACAGAUGCCGUCAUGGCACCGACCGCCAUGGCGUCUCAACUAGGUACUGCAGGUCUUCUUCCUCCGUCGACGCCGGUUGAGGCACAGCAUUCGGUGCGCUCAUGA